AUAAAGUUACAUAUUUUCUGCAGUUUACAGAGCUUAUUUGGAAGAUGCUGAGAGAAGUUGAUAAAGAAGGACCCAUACUUCAUAAAGUUUAUGAUAUGUGGGAUAACAUGAUUGAAAAAAUUCAAAACAUCAUUUUUAGACAUGAGAAGAAGAAUGUUGCACUUGAUGAUUCUGAGUUUUUCGAUCAUGUGCAUAGAAUUUUAGUAAGAAGAUGGAACAGAAGCAAUAACCCUUUGCAUUGUAUGGCACACUCCUUAAAUCCCAAAUAUUAUGGACAAACAUGGUUGGCAGGAGGUACUGGUCGUGUUCCUCCUAAUCGAGUUCCAAAAAUAUCAAAAAAUAGGGAGAUAUGUUUGGGAAGACUAUAUUCUGAUUCUCAUCGGUUGAAGAUAAUAAAUAAUGAGUUUGCGAGCUUCUCUGGUGGAAGAAAUGAUUCAAUACAAGCUGCAAUGGCAAGAGAUGAAGAAGAUCCUGUUAAUUGGUGGUUAUGUUUUGGAGCAUCAACACCAAAUCUCCAACAUCUUGCAUUGAAGUUAUUAUCUCAACCUGCAACCUCUUCAUGUUGUGAAAGAAAUUGGAGCACUUAUUCUCAAAUUCACAACAUCAAGAGAAACAAACUAACUAGUAAGCGAGUAGAAGAUUUAGUUUAUGUCCACUCCAACCUACGCUUACUUUCACGUACUUCAAAUGAUUACAGUUCAGAAUCAUCCAAGUAUUGGGAUGUUAAUCCAGAGGACAUUGACGUAGAACUUGAAGGAGAACAUGAAUUGCAUGCUCUUAAUAUGGAUCUUACAGAACCUGUUGUUCCUUCUAAUCUUGAUGAUGCAUCUGAGGAGUGUGGAGAAUGAAAAUCAACAAAGCUGAUGUAUUUUGAAUGUUAAUUUUGAGACUGAGGAUAAUGAGAAUCAAGAGUCAAGACUGAUAAAUUUUGGAUUAUGAUUUAUGAAUAUGACAAUAUGUUAUUCUGUUUGUGAUUUUUGAUAUAUAUAUGUGCGAAUAUGUUAUUCUUUUUGAAAUUUUUUGACAUAUAUAUGUGUGUGUACGGCCGU